AUGGUUUUGUUCCAAGUGAGAGAUGACCAUUCUUCCGACAGCAUUGGUGGUUACAUCCUAAGGAAGGCUCCAUACGCAUAUGCAGUUAGCCUGGAAAACUUGGUCUGUGAUCACUUGGAUGCCCAUCUUAAGCUUGGUAAUUUGAGGUGGCAUGGAAACAUGCCAAAAGAUGAGAUUUGGUUAAAGAUUGGCGGUGAUAAGGGAGGGGACACAGUCAAGCAAGAAUUCCAAAUAGCCAAUGUGGAGAACCCAAAUGCUACUGCAAAUACAAUUGUAUAUUGUUAUUAUGAAGGCAGCAACAGUUACACGAACUUGCAGAUAGCCUUUGACAGGUUCAAGGAAGACCUAAAAAAUCUGCGACUCUCUGCAUGGAGCGACAAGGAAAUCAGAAUGUUCCUUUUUGGCGACUACGAGUUUUUAACUAAGGUUUACGGGCUAAGCGGAGCAUCUGGUCGUCAUCCCUGCCUUUGGUGUGAAGUGACCAGUCAGGAGAUGCAAACUUGCAAACUCGUUGGGUGCAAGAGGACAUGCAGCAAAACGAUCAAAGCACACAUUAACUCGUGAUCACCGUCGAUUCUUGAAUGAAGGAAAGGGGAUGAUAAAAGAUGCCAAAAACUACAACAAUGUCAUCAAUGAAAAACUAAUUGGUAUUCGUUUAAACCAGGUGUGUGUCCCGUACCUC